AUGGCUCCUCCGUCUGCCUGCCUUGCGGACGAUUGGGAGGAAGUCGAUAACGACGACUCCUUCUCCGUCGUUUCGCUACCGAGCCUGCCUUCCAGUCGGGCGGGCAGUCCUGUGCCUUGGCUGACUGCCGGCAUGCAGGGCCUGCCUUCAAGUCAGGCGGGCAGCCCUGCGCCUUCUCUGACUGCCGACAGCAUCAUUCCCCGUCCCGUGCGACUGAACUUCUUCAACAACUGCACCCGCGAGCCGAGUGUUUCUUUUCCCUACGAAACAAGUGAUGAGGAGCCCGAGGUCGAGCCGAGUGUUUCCUUCUCCUUCGAAAUCGAAACAAGUGAUGAGGAGCCCGAGGUCGAGGUCGAGCACUAUGGCAUGGAUACAAAAGACGUUAUUCACACCGAACCCAAGGAACCCAAGGAACCCCAAAAAGACUCGAUGGCCGAAGAGACCCAGCUCAGCGACAUGCUGGACGUUGACAUUGAUCCGACCUUCCUCUACAAUGUCACCACCUCCCUGGUGAAGCUGAUCUCGGAAAUCGUAGCCAGCACCAGAUUUCGAGGCAACUACCAACCUCUCGAAGACACCGACAAGAUUAACAAGGCAUGUGAGGAGCUGAAAUCACACCUGAAGGACAUGGAGCCUAUUCUGCAAGGCUACGCGAAGCACUGGAAGCCCGAGGGAGAAAUCACAAAGCUUCCCAUCGACCCCGGCCUGUACGAAUGGAUGGCAAGCCUCAGAAUAGAACUGCUUGGUCUGCAAGCAGUACUGCAGACGGAGAUGCAGGGACGUGCUUCUUCUUCGACUCAGACCUGGGGUGCUUCUGAUGCCAAGCAUUACCACGAUACAUUGUUCGACUUCUGUGGGCAGAUCGAGGCCUUCAUGCCGACCAUUGGAGCGGAUUUCAAUGAGUUCCACACCGCCAGCCUACCUUGUCUGACCACUUGCGAUGUCCCCGAUACCUUCGAUGCCUGCACGCCCAUGGAGGGUCGUAACGGCUGCGGAUCUUCCCGGGAGCGUACCAAAGAUCAUACGAAUCGCCCGCCGUCUAGCCAUUUAGUCUUCCAUCUUCGUCGAGCAGUGUAUGCCCUCAAGGACCAGGUCUCGGCGUGCAUUGACGAGCUCCAGGCCAGCAAGGAGCAUGGUCUUGCCAACACGAAGGAAGAGCUGAUAGAAUUGGCCGACGUGACGAAAUCAUACUACGCCCUCAAAUCCAAUCUUGACCUCGUGCUGUCCAACCAUUCUUCUGACUGGAUCGAUCACAGCCUAUCUGGGGGCCUCACCUACCUCGAGUUCAGCCGACUCAACCCCGACACCAUUCGUUCUGUUACGUUGCAACUUAAGACGCUUGAGGAUAAUUUGUUCCUGGAGAGACGAAGAGUGGAGUCAAUGAGAUAUGUCAACGACCCUGACGGUUUGCUCGAAGACGCGAAGUUGACGGUCAAGAAGUGCGACAUGGAAGGAUUAAGCACUGCUCAGGAGGUUAUCUCGUCACUCUUCCGAUGCUCCAAUUCUCCUCCCAGUCCACAACGUCUUCUUGCUUCCCUCUAUGGUCAAUCUUCCCCUGGCGUCCCUAUCAAGAAGUAG